UCGGCUCCCGGCACAGCAGCGGGGGCGGCGGAGCCGGAGCUGAGGCUGGAGUCCGGGCGGGGGCCGGGUCGGUGCCGGCUCCGGAGACAUGGGGUCCGCCGACUCCAAGCUGAACUUCCGGAAGGCGGUGAUCCAGCUCACCACCAAGACGCAGCCUGUGGAAGCCACCGAUGACGCCUUUUGGGACCAGUUCUGGGCAGACACAGCCACCUCGGUUCAAGAUGUCUUUGCACUGGUGCCGGCGGCGGAGAUCCGGGCUGUGCGGGAAGAGUCGCCCUCCAACCUGGCCACCCUAUGCUACAAGGCCGUGGAGAAGCUCGUGCAGGGCGCCGAGAGCGGCUGCCCCUCGGAGAAGGAGCGACAGAUCGUGCUCAACUGCAGCCGCCUCCUCACACGUGUGCUGCCCUACGUUUUCGAGGACCCCGACUGGAGGGGCUUCUUCUGGUCCACGGUGCCGGGGACUGGCCGCGGAGGGCAGGGGGAAGAAGAUGAUGAGAACGCCCGGCCCCUGGCUGAGUCCCUGCUCCUGGCCAUCGCUGACCUGCUGUUCUGCCCGGACUUCACCGUGCAGAGCCAUCGCAGGAGCACCGUGGACUCGGCAGAGGAUGUCAACGCCCUUGACAGCUGCGAAUACAUUUGGGAGGCUGGCGUGGGCUUUGCUCACUCCCCACAGCCCAACUACAUCCAUGACAUGAACCGGAUGGAGCUGCUGAAGCUGCUGCUGACCUGCUUUUCUGAGGCCAUGUACCUGCCUCCAGCGCCGGAAAGUGGCAGCACCAACCCGUGGGUUCAAUUCUUUUGUUCUACAGAGAACAGACACGCCCUGCCCCUCUUCACCUCCCUGCUGAACACCGUGUGUGCCUAUGACCCUGUGGGCUACGGGAUCCCCUACAACCACCUGCUCUUCUCUGACUACCGGGAACCGCUGGUGGAGGAGGCUGCCCAGGUGCUCAUCGUCACCCUGGACCACGACAGUGCCACCAGCGCCAGUCCCACAGUGGACGGCACCACCACGGGCACUGCCAUGGACGAUGUUGAUCCUCCAGGGCCCGAGAACCUGUUUGUGAACUAUCUGUCCCGCAUCCACCGUGAGGAGGACUUUCAGUUCAUCCUCCGGGGCCUCGCCCGGCUGCUCUCCAACCCCCUGCUGCAGACCUAUCUGCCCAACUCCACCAAGAAGAUCCAGUUCCACCAGGAGCUGCUGGUCCUCUUCUGGAAGCUCUGUGACUUUAACAAGAAAUUCCUAUUCUUUGUGCUGAAGAGCAGCGAUGUGCUAGACAUCCUGGUCCCCAUCCUCUACUUCCUCAAUGACGCCCGCGCGGACCAGUCUAGGGUGGGCCUGAUGCACAUCGGGGUGUUCAUCCUGCUACUUCUGAGCGGGGAGAGGAACUUUGGGGUGCGGCUGAACAAGCCCUACUCGGGGCGCGUGCCCAUGGACAUUCCGGUCUUCACGGGCACCCACGCCGACCUGCUCAUCGUGGUGUUCCACAAGAUCAUCACGAGCGGCCACCAGCGCCUGCAGCCGCUCUUCGACUGCCUGCUCACCAUCGUGGUCAACGUUUCACCCUACCUCAAGAGCCUGUCCAUGGUGACUGCCAACAAGCUGCUGCACCUGCUCGAGGCCUUCUCCACCACCUGGUUCCUCUUCGCUGCCGCCCAGAACCACCACCUGGUCUUCUUCCUGCUGGAGAUCUUCAACAAUAUCAUCCAGUACCAGUUUGAUGGCAACUCCAACCUGGUGUACGCCAUCAUCCGCAAGCGCAGCGUCUUCCACCAGCUAGCCAACCUGCCCACUGACCCGCCAGCCAUCCACAAGGCCCUGCAGCGGCGUCGGCGUGCGCCUGAGCCCCUGUCCCGAACGGGCUCACAGGAAGGCGCCUCCAUGGAGGGCUCCCGCCCUGCAGCCCCUGCAGAGCCAGGCACCCUCAAGGCUAGCCUGGUAGCCACUCCAGGCAUCGACAAGCUGACGGAGAAGUCACAGGUGUCUGAGGAUGGUACCCUGCGGUCCCUGGAGCCGGAGCCCCAGCAGAGCCCGGUGGAUGGCAGCCCGGCCGAGGGGGAACCUGGCCGGGCCUGGAGGGAUCAACGGCGACCAUCCAAUGUGUCGGCCAGUGGCCAGUGGAGCCCGACACCCGAGUGGGUGCUCUCCUGGAAGUCCAAGUUGCCACUGCAGACCAUCAUGCGGCUGCUUCAGGUGCUGGUGCCUCAGGUGGAGAAGAUCUGCAUUGACAAGGGCCUGACAGAUGAGUCGGAGAUCCUGCGCUUCCUGCAGCAUGGCACACUGGUGGGGCUGCUGCCCGUGCCACACCCCAUCCUCAUCCGCAAGUACCAGGCCAACUCGGGCACAGCCAUGUGGUUCCGAACCUACAUGUGGGGCGUCAUCUACCUGAGGAACGUGGACCCCCCUGUGUGGUACGACACCGACGUGAAGCUGUUUGAGAUUCAGCGGGUGUGAGGCCGGAGUCUGCAGGGGCUGGGCCGCGGUGGGUGGCCUUGGUCCCUGAGGGCUCCCGCCACCGCCUUCUGAGGUUGGAGUGGUCACCGUCAGGGCAAGGGCAGUCAGAGUGUCCGGAUAAGACCCUCCCCAUGUGGGUGGACUCCUGGGGCUCCUGUUUCCAGGGAGUGAGGACCCUACCCAUGGCAUCCCCUCAAAGACCUGUUUCUAUACCACCACCCCAUGCUGUCCACCCCAGAAGACACUGAGCCCUUGUGAGGUUGGCCAGGAGGGGACUGAGGGCUGCCCCUUGCCCAUCCCCACCUCCU